AUGGAUAUCCAGUUCAGCAUCCACCAGGAACUCUGGCAGGAUGCUUGGAUUGCAGCCACAUCGGCAGUGCGGGCUCGAAAGCGCCAAACUGAUCUCAACGUGCAGCAGCGUGUGGAGCGUCUUCUCGAAGAGCACGGCCCAAAAACAAGCAAGCCACUGACGCUGCGAGUGUACGGAACCAUGAUCAAGGGCUUCUGUGUCAUAAACAAUGACCGAGCACGCUCACUGCAUGCAGACUGUGAACGUGUCGUCCUUCUCUUUGCUGAACGGCCUUAUUUGGAAGGGCUGCAGCUCCCCAAGCUGCCCGUGUCAAAGAGGCAGCGCGUGGAUGCUUUCACUCUUGAUUUGGAUUUGACAAAGGUGCAGGAGGCUGAAGCCUUUGACUGGACCCAGGCUCCUUUGGGAGACAGCCAAUUACUUUCGUUGGACGCUCUUCCAGAUCCAGGCGCUGUCCGAGCCAGUGCUCUGCCAGAAGUCUUGGCUCCGUCUCUUCUUGAAGAAAGUGGGCUGUUGGAUGAGGUCUUCCCAUCUGUGCAUGCCCCAAUUGUAACACAUGGCGCUGGGCCAGGUGCUCUCCCCUUGCAACUGCCAGAUGUGGCCACGCAUGAAGCUCCAGGGGUGUUGGAGGCUCUGCAUUUGGAGGCCCCCGUGGCACCUGGACCUGGAUCCGAGGCUGCAGAUGGAGCUUCGGUGCUUGAUCUUCAACAUGUAAGGAGGACGAAGCGCAGGCGGCUUCUGCGAACUCAACCCGCGCCCGGACACGUUUUUGGCUUCGACGUUGAGACUCAGAUGCUCGAUGCUGGGCUGGAGGCAGGCUGCUGUGUGCAAUGCAAGGAACGCAUGCAUUACAUUCGUGAUGCCAAGAUCUCGUGUGUCGGCCUUGCCGAAGCUUCUCCUACGCUUGCUUCCUUCGCUGCGGAACUUCGCUUCGAGCAAUUUCCACGUCGAAUGGGGCUGCUGUCUGCUAUCAUGGACGCACCAUCCAGCCCUCUGCGACCGCUCGAUUCGUUGCCACACCAGCUUGACGGCCCCGGACUUUCCGAAGGGGAGCAUGAGGAGUUGCCUGAGAUUCAGCCUUUGCUCGGCAACGUUGGAGAUCAACUUCGGCCUGAGAUGCUCGGUGCGGUGUUCGCAGCUCCUCCUCAAGGAGCAGCUUUUCUUGCAGCAGCAACUGAAGCUGCCGAUGCUGCGACAGAAGCCCUGCUUGAGCUUCCCGAGCAGGCGCGCAAUGAUGUGAGUGAAGGAAAUCAGGAUGUGCAAACGGCACAAGUGGGCAUGCUCAUUCGCCGAUAUCUUACAGAACAGGGCGAAUCUUUCCUGGAUGACAUGAUGCCUCCGCAGACAACAGAUCGAAGUACCGCAGCAAGAGCGUUUUCAUCGCUCCUAGCGCUGGCCACGGGAGGUGGCCUUCUUGUCCAGCAGCGAGAGGCAUACGGUCCAAUUUUUGUUUCUCUGUGCUGA